AACUUUCCCCCCAGGCGGAGAAUGAGCGCAACUACCACAUCUUCUAUCAGCUCUGUGCCUCCUCAAGCCUUCCAGAAUUCAAAGAUCUCGGACUAACCUGUGCCAAAGACUUUUUCUACAUUUCUCAGGGAGGUGACACGUCCAUCAACGGUGUGAAUGACGCUGAUGACCUUGAGAAAACCAGGCAUGCCUUCGCCCUGCUUGGAGUGACAGAGUCUCAUCAGAUGACCAUUUUUAGGAUAAUCGCGGCCAUCCUGCACCUUGGGAACGUGGAAAUCCAAGCGGAACGAGGCAACGAAGCCUGUAGCCUGUCGAGCGACGACGAGCACUUGAAGAACUUCUGUGGCUUGCUGGGCGUGGAGCUCAGCCAGGUGCAGCACUGGCUCUGCAACCGCAAGCUCGUCACCACGGCCGAGACCUACGUCAAGAACAUGUCCCUGCACCAGGCGGUGAACGCCAGGAACGCCCUGGCCAAGCACAUCUACGCCCAGCUCUUCAACUGGAUCGUGCAGCACAUCAACACGGCCCUGCACACCGCUGUCAAGCAGCACUCCUUCAUCGGCGUGCUCGAUAUCUACGGGUUUGAAACUUUUGAAGUGAAUAGCUUCGAACAGUUUUGUAUCAACUACGCCAACGAAAAGCUCCAGCAGCAGUUCAACUUGCACGUGUUUAAACUGGAACAAGAAGAGUACAUGAAGGAGGGAAUCCCUUGGACUCUCAUAGAUUUCCACGAUAACCAGCCCUGCAUAGACCUGAUAGAGGCCAAACUUGGGAUCCUGGACCUGCUGGAUGAAGAGUGCAAGGUUCCCAAGGGCACUGACCAGAACUGGGCACAGAAGCUGUACGACCGCCACGGCUCCAGCGAGUUCUUCCAGAAGCCCCGCAUGUCCAACACCUCCUUCAUCAUCGUGCACUUCGCUGAUAAGGUGGAAUACCAGAGUGAGGGAUUCCUGGAGAAGAACCGGGACACCGUGUACGAGGAGCAGAUCAGCAUCCUGAGAGCCAGCAAGUAUCCAAUGGUGGCAGAAUUAUUCCACGAAGAGAAGGGUGCUGUGCCCGCCACUUCCGUGGGAAAGGGAACAUCCAAAAUCAGCGUCCGUUCUGCCAGGCCAGCCAUCAAAGCUGCCAACAAGGAGCACAAGAAAACAGUGGGACAUCAGUUCCGCAAUUCCCUGCAUUUGCUGAUGGAGACCCUGAAUGCCACCACUCCGCACUACGUGCGCUGCAUCAAACCCAACGACGAGAAGCUGCCCUUUAAAUUUGAUCCGAAGAGGGUAGUGCAGCAGCUGAGAGCCUGCGGAGUGCUGGAGACCAUCCGGAUCAGCGCAGCUGGAUUCCCCUCCAGGUGGACCUACUCUGACUUCUUAAAGAGAUAUCGUGUGCUUAUGAAGAAGACAGACCUCUGUAAGAAAGAUGAGAGGCAGAUCUGUCAGACCCUGUUGGAAGACCUCAUUCAGGAUCCGGACAAGUUCCAGUUUGGACGUACCAAGAUCUUCUUCCGCGCAGGCCAGGUGGCGUACCUGGAGAAGCUGCGGGCAGACAAGUUCAGAGCUGCCAUAAUCAUUAUCGAGAAGACGGUGCGGGGGUGGCUGCAGAGGGUCAAGUACCAAAGGCUGAGACAGGCCACGAUUGUCCUCCAGCGCUACACACGUGGGCACCUGGCACGGAGGCUCGCUGAGCACCUGAGGAGGACGAGAGCUGCCAUCGUCUUGCAGAAGCAGUACCGAAUGCUGCGGAUCCGCCGAGCUUUCCAGAGUGUCCGCAGCUCCAUCAUCGCCUUCCAGGCUCUUGCUCGGGGAAUGCUUGCCAGGAGGAAUUACCGCAAGAUCCUGGCGGAGCACAAGGCCACCAUCCUGCAGAAGUACGCCCGGGGCUGGCUGGCCCGCACGCGCUUCCGCAGGGCGCGGGCUGCCACCAUCGUCCUGCAGUGCUACUACCGGCGCAUGAAGGCCAGACGGCAGCUGAAGGCGCUCAGGAUCGAGGCCCGCUCAGCCCAGCACCUGACCAAGCUCAACGUCGGCAUGGAGAACAAGGUGGUCCAGCUCCAGAGGAAGAUCGAUGAGCUGAACAAGGAAUGCAAACUCCAGAACGAGCAGCUCUCCACGCUGAGGUCAGCCCACUCCUCCGAGAUGGAAAAGCUGAAGAAGGAACUGCUGCAGUACCAGCAGAGCCAGCAGGGCGAUGGCAACCAGCUUGUCAGCCUGCAGGAGGAGAUGGAGCACCUCAGGCUGGAGCUGGAGAGGGCUCAUGGGGAGAGGAAGGUGGUGGAGGACAGCCACGAGCAGGAGAAAGACCUGCUGAGAAAGCGUAUCUCCGAUUUGGAAGAAGAAAACGCUCUCCUGAAGCAGGAAAAAGAGGAGCUUAACAGCAGGAUUCUCUGUCAGCCUGAAGAUGAAUUUGCACGAAACGCAGUUGAAGAAAAUAUCCGGAUGAAGAAAGAGCUGGAAGAAGAGAGAUCUCGUUAUCAGAACCUGGUAAAAGAGUAUUCAAGUCUGGAGCAGAGAUACGACAACUUGAGGGAUGAAAUGACGGUUGUAAAGCAGGCACCGGGGCACAGAAGAAACCCAUCCAACCAAAGCAGUUUGGAGUCUGAUUCCAACAAUCCAUCCAUAUCAUCCUCUGAGAUAGGAGACACUGAGGACGUGAUUCAACAAGUGGAGGAGACUGGGAUGGAAAAAGCAGCCAUGGACAUGACCAUCUUCCUAAAGCUACAGAAGAGAGUGAGGGAGCUCGAGCUGGAGAGGAAGAGGCUGCAAACCCAGCUGGAGAAAAAGGAGCAAGAGAGCAAGAAAUCCCAGGUUAUUGAAACAAAGACCAUGGCUUCAGAACAGGAACAUUUUGCAUACAACAGCCUGAAGAGGCAAGAGCUGGAGUCGGAGAACAAGAAGCUGAAAAAUGAACUCAACGAGCUGAGGAAGGCUAUUGCAGACCGAGCGACCCAGAACAACUCAUCCAGCGAUGUCAGGGACAGUUACAACCUCCUCCUGAGCCACCUGAAAGCGGCCAACGAGGAGCUGGAGGUGCGGAAGGAGGAGGUGCUCAUCCUGAGGUCACAGAUCAUGAAGGCAGCCCAGCAAACGGAGACGGGGAAAAACACGCUAAAGGAGAGGGAGGGCAUCCCCAGCAAUGCCAGCUGGCCCAACAGUGACAAGCACGUUGACCAGGAGGAUGCGAUCGAAGCCUACCAGGGGAUGUGUGAGACCAACCGCAAGACUGAGGACUGGGGGUAUCUCAAUGAAGACGGAGAGCUCGGCUUGGCUUAUCAAGGUUUAAAGCAAGUUGCCAGGCUGCUGGAAGCACAGCUCCAGGACCAGAGAAGGAAGUACGAGGAGGAGAUGGAAGCUCUGAGGGACCAGUUGGAAGCAGUGCAGGAAGAGCUGCACAAACAGCAGCAGGCCUCCCUGCAGAGCCUGCAGCUCUCUCCCGAAGCCCAGGUGGAGCUGGGGCUUCAGCAAGAAAUGACACGUCUCACCAAUGAAAACCUGGAUCUAAAAGAAAUGGUAGAAAAGUUGGAAAAGAAUGAAAAGAAGCUGAAGAAGCAGCUGAAGAUUUACAUGAAGAAGGUCCAGGAUUUUGAAGCAUCCCAAACCAUGUCGCCAGCAGAGAGGAGGCCACAUGACAGUAACAUGCAAGUUGCUGUCCAGAGGAAGGAGAAAGAUUUUCAGGGCAUGUUGGAGUAUCAUAACGAAGAUGAGCCACUCCUCAUCCGAAACCUCGUUCUAGAGCUCAAGCCCCAGGCAGUGUCUGCUACUGUUCCCUGCCUUCCUGCCUACAUCCUCUACAUGUGCAUCAGACAUGCAGAUUACAUCAACGACGACCAGAAGGUGCACUCCUUGCUUACCUCCACCAUCAACGGCAUUAAGAAAGUGCUGAAGGAGCACAGUGGUGACUUUGAGAUGACGUCAUUUUGGCUGGCGAACACGUGUCGCCUCCUGCACUGCCUAAAGCAGUACAGUGGAGAGGAGGAUUUCAUGACACAAAACACGCCGAAGCAGAACGAGCACUGCCUGAAGAACUUUGACCUGAUCGAGUACCGCCAGGUGCUGAGCCACCUCUCCAUCCAGAUCUACCAGCGGCUCAUCGGCAUAGCACAGGGCAUCCUGCAUCCCGUGAUCGUGUCUGCGAUGUUGGAAAGCGAGAGUAUCCAAGGGCUUUCUGGUGUCAAGCCCAUGGGCCACAGGAAAUACAGCUCCAAGUCAUCAGAAAGAGACGUGCCCUACGGGUUGGACGACAUGAUCCGCCAGCUGAACACAUUCCACAGCAUCAUGUGUGACCAGGGCCUGGACCCAGAGAUCGUCCAGCAGGUGUUCAAGCAGAUCUUCUACGUGAUCAACGCAGUCGCCCUGAACAACCUGCUGCUGAGGAAGGAUGUCUGC